GUGUAUGGAACAACAGUUACCGUUACAAUUUCGGCAAGUGUGCUUAUCAACAUGAAAUUCACCAUUGUAUUCCUUAUUGUCAGCUGCAUUCUGCUCAGCAUUGUGCAGGAAUCAACAGCGACAGGACAUCCCUGCGCUCCAUGCGGUCCUGCAGGACGCGCCUGCGAAGGUUGCCCCAGCCAGGAUAAUCUCUGCAGGGAGCUCAUUCAGCAGUUCACCAACCUAAGGAAUCGCGUUCGCACCUGCGUCUGCGGCAUGAGCAAACAUCUUCUCUAAGUAGGAUUGCCUGUGGACUCUUGGAUAUGGAUUUGUUGUUGAUUUGGAUUCGGAAAUAUAGAAUAUAUUUGUUUUGUUUUGCUUGUAAUA